ACCCGGGGUUCGAAGCCCCGUUCCUAUUAGUUGCCAGCUAGAACCGUAUGUGAUCGCUCGUCACACGUAACUACCAGGUUAUGGUAGCCUGUGCUGGGGACUACCACCUGGCUCUACACCUUUACCUUGCUUGAGGGAGCACCAUAACUAGGGAUAGGGUUCCAUGCUAGGGACACAUAUACAAGAGUGGGUCUCACCUUUGCUGUAUAUAGGUCCUGGGAAGUUCCUUUGUUCAAGUUUCUGAAGGAUACAUGGAUAUUGGCAAGUUAAUGUCCUGCGGAGCCGAGAGCGCGUAGUCUUCCUGGAAGCCAGAGAUGAAGUGAAUGUGACAAUGGUACGGUUGGGCAUGCCAACCAUUCCUUCUGGGCAGAGGAGUGAUGAGAGGAGAGUGUACUCUCAGCCUCAGAGUAAUCAGCAUUACUCUCAUCCUUUAGAACAAGUCCUUAUAAGUGAACCAUCAAGAGAUUCAUCUCAUUACUAUGAUGCAGAAGACUAUUCUGGACAGACAUCAUCGGGGAAUCAUUUUCCCUCGGGUCAAAUUCAUGAUGAAACACCAUCUUCUCAUUCCCUUUUGACAGUUCUCACUAGUGGUCAUCAAACAAGCCAGCUGAACCCUCCAGGAUGGUUGGAAAGGCCAUCAAGGUCUUCAAGUGAUGGUCAUCAUAGAUCACAGAAGUAUCAAUGUCAAGAGAAAGUUGAAUUCUCAUCAGAAGAUCCGUCUGAUACUAAAUAUCCUAGAGAAGUUAAGUGGUGCCCUGUAUGUCGUGAUCCCAUACUAACCAGUGUGGUUCAUGUGUGUUCAGAUGUUUUAGAACCUGAACACAAUGUCAUUGUUCAAAGAAGUAUUUCAACUGUCUCCUCAUAUCAGGGUGUGAUUAAUACAAGAGAUUCAUAUGCCCCUUCUCAUAUAUCCUCUAUUUCAUCUCCACCAGGUGAAGACAGCAACUUUCACAAUGUAUCUGAAUUAAAUGACAAUACUCCUGUUCUAAGUAGAGUGCCCAGUCUCUUGCCAAUAACUAAAAAUGCUCCUCCUCAUUCAGCGACACCGCUAGAAGGAACUAGACAGGGUGUUGUUAUAGCAAACCCUUCAUUGCUCAAGCACAGUGCACCACCACCACCAGCAACACAUCCCAGUUCAGACGGCCAUCUUUAUCCUGAACACCAGGCAUCUUUGGUCCAGAGAGUGUCACCUUCAGGGAAGCCUUGCCACAGUGCUCCACCAUGGUCAGUGAAGGAUAAGAAGCCUUCCGGUCAGGAAAACUGUGAAUGGGAGACCCCCACCAGCCUCAUCUCCCGAUUGACUGCAGGGAUGACUGCUCACUCCAGUCAGCAACAACAGCCAGAAGAUAAAGCCUUAUCAAACCACAGUUGUACUUCUCCUUCGAUGAGUGAGAGUAGCGAUGUCUCAAGUUCCUUUUUCCAGAAGGACUCUGCACAAACAGAAGAUCUCUUCCAUAUGGCACACCAAGAACUAGUAGAUGAAACCUCAAAACGAGAUCCCCAUUCUAAAAAGAAGCAUGCUCCGCAUGUGAAAAUUAAACGAGAGAAAUGCAUCCCACCUAAUACUGGUAAUAAAAGAAGUCGAAGGUAUACAAGUAGUGAAUCGGUUUCUUCAGAGCCAGUACAUAGCGAGUCCAGUUUGUGUGGUUCGCAAGAUUCGGAUGCAGAAGAUAACAGCAGUUGUAGCAGUAGGUAUCUUGACAGAAAUGGCCAGCUACCUGAUUUGGACACACUGCUCAAAACCAUUAAACAACCAAUUCUCACUCCACAUGUACCUGAUGAAUCAAAUAUACAUGAUUUUUUAGAGCCUCAUGAAAUUGGUCACAUAAACCAUAUGAUCAAGAGUCUUUCUGAUGCAGUUUUAACAAUUAGCUUGCCAGAUACUCUGUAUAAGAAUAAAGGUUUUACCCCACUGGAUUACAUGGAUAUCCACUUAAAUGCUGUUAUAAGACAGUUCUUUUUUGUGUUCAAAAAUGAAGAUUUUCUGAACCUUGUGUUGUCAGAUCAAAUUGCACUGUUAAAUGGCUGCUCACUGAGAGCUGUGUGUUGUGCUGGGUUGUACCUCUUCAAUAAAGACUCUGGGUGUUGGUAUAUUCCUGGAUCAACAAGCAGGGUCAAUCACCCAGUUGUACAUGUUUCAGACUUGCUUCAAGUAUACCCUCAGUAUUUGGUCAACAGGCUUUAUGAAUUAAAUACAGCUGCUGCUGAACUGGGGUUUGAUUGGCCAAUUGGAGUCAUUACAAAUUGCAUCCUAAUGUACACACCAAUUAAAAAGCUUAUCCAAGAAAUAGAUAAGAUAGACAUCCUGAGAAACAAGUAUGUAAACCUCUUAUUAAAAUACAUUUCCUGGAAACAUGGACACCACAAUGCAUCUUUAAUAUUUCCUGAAAUGCUAAAAGUCUUGGAUGCAUUACUACUUCUCGUUGAAGACUUAUCAACAAUUACCCUCAAUCUGAGUGAGGAUGAAGUGGUGGCUGUUGAAGAAAGGUUGUCCACCCUUACUUUAAUACAAAUGGCUCCUCUAAAAUGCCAUUCAGAUAAAUUUAAGGAAACAAUAGCUACAUGGUCAGCUUUGGACUAUGUAAAGCUAGAGGAUAUUCAGAACAGGCUGUGCAUGGCAUUGCAGUUCAGCAUGCUGGACUCUAUGCAGUCAAGCACUGCUGAGUAUUGGACAAGAAAUGGCAUGUAUUAUGCCUCUGGUCUGCAGCGAGAUAAUCACUCUCUCACCCAUCAGAAAAAUAUACCUCGGAUUAUGCCUGCCUCUGAGAAAAGCUCUCGGAAAGGUCAUGCAUUUAAUCGUAUAUUGUGUGCGGACCACAAAUCAAGUCAGCCAUGUAAUGAACUCACAAAAAUUGGCAGUUUUUUGUCUGAAAAAGAUUUGGUGUUGCUAAGAAGAUUUUUGGAAGAUGUUACUGUAAGGGAAAGUUCUUUGUUAGUAAAACAUAUUAAGGAAAAAAUGGAUUCUAAGCAAAUUCAGCUUAUCAUAAAAAAAUUGUGUUCAUAGCAGUUUUUAAUAUGACAUUAUAUUGUUUGUUGCAGACUGCUAACAGUGCACAUAUUACCUAUCAAAUAUUUAUUUUAUAUUCCCAUGUUAAAAUGUGAGUUGAUACUGGAGUUGCAUUUCAUUUGGUUAAAUUUUAACUACAAUUUAGUAAAGUAUGGUAUUGGUAAGAGGGAUCUGAAUGAAAGGUUGUAAGGUUUUCUUAUGUUCUGAACACAUGGGUGGCAUUUUUGCAUGUUGUGACAAAAAAAAAAAAAAAUUGUACAGUACAGUAUUUAGUUUCACCUGUUACCAGGUACUGAAUUACUGUUUUUGUCAGGAACUACAACAUUACUACGCUAGUGUAUUAGAGAAUGAAGUACAAUAAAUUCCUGGUACCUUUAGUAAUAUCAAAUCAUUUUAUGUUUUUGCAAUAAUCAAACAUUAACCACAGUACAGUAAUUGUAAUUCAUUAAGCGUACAAACAUUGUCUAAUACACCUGGCAAUUUGUCAUAUCAGUGGCAAUCUGUUUCUAGUUUUGUCCAAGUUGUACCAGAAGAUUAAGGGUUACAUAAAUAUUAUGUUCACUGUUACUCUGACAUUGAUUACAGAGAGAGUGAGAGAGAGGUAUUAUUCUGUAUAAUAAGGUAAGUGGGAUUGACGUUGUUAUAUAUUGUAAUGUGUACGUUAUGGAUAAUAUAAGCUUGUAUUGAUAAGUGGGUAUGAAGCAAAAUGCACUGCUUUUAGAGCAGGAAAGUAGCAAUUAUGAUGCUAUGACCAACCAAAAAGUUGUAUUUUAUGGCUUUUAGCAAUAAAAUGUUACUGUAAUUUGUAAGCCUCUGGUGGCCCAACAAAUUGCAUUUUCGAACAUGCAUACAGUUGUGAUUUUGCAUGCAUCCAUAUCUUAAAAAAAUGCACAGAGGGCAAUGCAAAAAAAAAAAAAUCAUAGGGGGGGGGUGGGAGGGACAUCAAACCAUCAAUACACAUACUUUGUGGCCUAAGAGGCAAUACUAUAUACAGUACUGCAUACAAUAAUUAAGUUUUCAUACAUUUUACAUGAUUCUUUUGAAUCUGAAUUCGAUCCAUGCAUCCUGCUUGAUAACUUCCUGAUGUAGUACUGCAUAAGUUUUUCCUUGUUAACUCUGUUGUUUAUAUCAAAUACUGGUAGUACUUUACUCCCUCUGGAAACGUUUAUUCUGGUCUCGAGUACAAAUUUCCUCGAACAAUUUUGCUACAUUUAAGUGUUAGAGAUUGAAGAACACUUGAAAAUGCUAAAGCCUUUUUUGAUGAUGUGGCACCAGUUUAUAAAGGUGGAGUGAAUGUAUGAUGUGUUUGUAUAUGGCAACUUAUGAGAAGCACUAUACACAUAGUCUUAUUAAGCAUUAAUUGAUUGAUGAAGAUUAAGACACCCCAGAGGUGGCAUGGCAUGAAUAGUCUGUAAUUAUUAAGCCGUCAGUUUCUGCCGUGCAUGAUGUGUUGGAGGGUAGUAAUGUCGGUUCUUGAUGUCUAGUGAGAAAGCUGGUAAAUGGACAGUUGUCAUAUUUUAAUAUCGUUGGCCUUAUCUUUCUAUAUUUCUAUACUGCCUCCCUAUCUUUAAGGAUUGAGGAGGCAUUACACUGAAGUGGCGUAAUGAUGAUCAGUGGUGGUUCAUGGAAAAAUAGAAUGGGGGAGCGGGGACUGCGUCACAUUGCCAGGUGUAGUGCCAAUAAACCCUACACCAUUGCACGGCAUGAAAUCUCUAUUUUUGUUUCAUUUUUGUGAAAAUUUUCGUACAGUAUAAAUAUAAAAUCCAGCUGGAUUUUCAGUUUUGGCAUUUAUGGCUUCAGCAGUUAUGUGGUUCCAUGGGUUUAUAUCCCUGUGGGUGAAAAAGUAUCUCCUGUUUUCAGUCCUACACUGUGGCUUGUUGAGUUUGAAAUUGCUCCUGUGUGUCUGUGUCACAUCUGACCUUUUGAGGAAAUUGUCUGGAUCAGUAUCUUCUAAAUUGUUCAGUACAGUAAUUUAAAAUUUUCGAUGAGAUCUGCCGUCAUGCCUGGUUUGCUGAUAGAUAUACUGUAUAGUUUAUCUGAGCUUGUCUUUUUCUGUUAGGUUACAAAUAAAAAAAUAUCAUCCAGGCCAAUAUAUUCCUUUGUUCAAUGCUGCUUGCCCUCAUUUGAAUGACCUUAUUCAAGCAAUGAGGCUACAUACUCAGGGCAUUACAGCACUAGAAGCUCCUCAAUGUAGGCUGAUCAAAAAUUUCCCAGAACUUAAUUGCCAUAAAUACAGUACCAGGAUAAUUUGAAAACAAUUAAGAAAUGAUUAGUAUUUCUUGGAAGCUUUUAGCAUACAAAAUAUGAGAAAAAAUAUUUUCUCUGAUAGUUUAUUUCUUUUACAAUGUAUGAUAUUACUGUACAAUAAACAUUUUGCCACAAGCUCAAACUAGCAAGUCACAUUAAAGUAAGAGGUCAACUUUGAAGUACACUUAAAAACACUGAUAAAGACAAAAUGUAGGGGAAAACCUUUUGCACACAGCGGGUGAAUUAAUUAGUCUACUUUCAAAAAGUAGCAUUUUCACUUUAAUGGCAGAUAAUUGAGAUUGUAUCUUCAUAGAACAUAUUUCAGGCUUUCCCCAAUAGGUCUCAAUAUAUUGGUUGCUACAGUUAGAUGAGAAUAUUGGUGUCAUCAUUAUAUAGUAAAUUCCUAAAAAUAUAAUUAAAUACAAAAUGGACACGAGUAUUUUUUGUUAUUAACAUGAAUGAAUUUAAUAGAUUUUGUAUUGGACUAAAUUUUUAGCAUCAAGCCCCACACACACACAAAAAAAAACAACAACAUACAGUUGAAUAUUUAUUCAGGGAUCUAUUUAGAAUGACUUGUUUAACUACACUUACCUUGAAACACAAAGUUGAAAAUACAAUAUUGAAGACUUAACACUUUUCCAAGCAAAAUGUUAUCAAUUCUAACAUACACAGAGCUCAUUGCUUAUAUUGUAUAAGGAAAAUGAGGAUGGAUGACUGCAGGGUUUGGCCAAGGAGUUGCGGGAUUAUGUAAGUCACCCUUUUCCUUUUUUUUUAAGUAUUCAUUUUGCAAGUGGGAAGCAAUGCUGAAUUUUCCUCGAUUUUGCUCAACGCGAUGUUUUAUUUUAUUUUAUCUUUUGAUAUAUACAAGAGUUGUUACAUUAUUGUACAGCCAGUGGUACGCAUAGCAUUUCGGGUAAGUCCUUAAUCCUAUGUUCCCUGGAAUACGACCCCCAGGAAGAAUCAUUUAACAACCAGGUACCCAUUUUAGUGUUGGAUUAAACAGUGGCUACAGUUAAGGAUUUGCAUCCAGUAAAUCCUCCCCGGCCAUGAUACAAACCAAGGACAAAGUGCUCACGGAACGUCAGACGAGCGUCUUACCACUACUCCACGGAGACUGCUGUUUAGAGGCAACGUAAACAUCAUUAGCAACAAUCUACUUUCAACUUGGUUUCUCUUUACACUGUUGUCUGCCUACAUGUAUGUAUGUAUGUAUGUGUGUGUGUGUGUGUGUGGAUUAGAUUGACUGUGUGCAAAGUGUCAUUUAGAAAUGAUUUUGAUGGUAGACUAUUAUAUAUUAGGUUAUAUUGUGUAUGAAAGAGCAGUAGUAGUACAUAUAGUUCUGAUAUCACCCAAUCACACAUAGAUGCUUUUUGUUAACAAUGAAUGUUUAUGUAAAAUAUGUCGUAGUCUUAUGCAAUUGUUGUACAGUACUUUAACAAUAAAUUCUUAUCUAAGAUGUGCAAGAUGUGCAAUAUUUUUCAGUGAUGUUCUAAUUAUCAUAUUGUCAUCAGUGAUUUAGGAUACAAGGAAUGAGUAUUAUUUAUUUUGUAAAAAAAAUGAAAUGGUUAAACAAGAGUUUAAUUAAUUUAUUAUGCACCCCCAGUACCAAUCCUUUGGGUGAUGGUGUAAAAGGUUACAAAGUUUAUUGUAUAUAUCAACAGUGAGUUCAACAACUGGACUAAACAGUCUAAUCUUAGCAAUUUACAUUUGCAAUGAGCUAGUUAUAUCUUAAGGUUAUCUUGAGAUGAUUUCGGGGCUUUAGUGUCCCAGCGGCCCGGUCCUCGACCAGGCCUCCACCCCCAGGUAGCAACCCGUGACAGCUGACUAACACCCAGGUACCUAUUUUACUGCUAGGUAACAGGGGCAUAGGGUGAAAGAAACUCUGCCCAUUGUUUCUCGGCGGCGCUCGGGAUCGAACCCGGGACCACAGGAUCACAAGUCCAGUGUGCCGACCGACUCCCCCGGUUUCACACAAGUUUCACACAAAUUUGUGUGUGUCAUGCACCCCGCACCCACCCAGUGGGCGGCAGUGGAGAGUUUACAAUUACGUGCAUGCUUACGUACAGUAAGCAAAUCUGAGAUAUUUGUUUAAGAUUUUGUUAGUGUAAUGUGUAUAUUAUUUUGAAUUAAAUACUUAAACAUUUCUUGAAAACUUGUGAUAAUUCUAUCUCUAAAUUCUAUGAUUUGUUCAUAUUGUUACACAGUAAUGCAGGGUAUGUGAAUAGUUCUGCUGACAGUUAAAAAACAACAACUGCAAUAUUACCUAAGGCUGUUUGUGUUAUUUAUGGUCAGCACAAUGAGGUAUAUUGACAAUGAAAAUGUGACAUGAAUCUGGUAGCUCAAGAAUUUUGAGUCAAUUUGACUCGAGCUUCACUCCUGCUUGUGACAAUUUUGUAAUUUAUGAAUGUCAAACAUACAUACAUACAUACAUGUAGAUUUAUGUACUUUCAAUUCAAUUGAAUACAUUAAAAUGUAGAUUUGAUAGAACUCAAUAGGCUCCAGAAUCAGAAUCCAGGCUCCAUACAUACAUGCAUACAUUACAUUACAUUACAUUACAUUACAACAUUUUCAUGAAAGUACUUGCUUCAUACAACCUACACCAAAACAUCAGUAUCACAUGACUGACUUACAGCUCAAUUGGUCAGAAUUGAUACAAAAAUGUAUUUAAAAUAUAGUAUGUAUCAAUUUUUUUCAGUUCAUUGAAGGCUAAUUGGAGUUUAAAAUAUGUGCUGUACAAUACUUAAGUCAGUUGGCUAAAUGCUAUUACAGUAUAGUAUAUGCAGGUUGUUAUUAUUCUUAACCAUUGUGCUAAGUUUGUAUGCAAAAUAUUUUUAUAUUUGGUUAUUUAAUGAAAAUAAUUGUUCAGUCAAUUUCAACAAAGAUUUAUUUAAAUUAUUUUUCAGUCAUAAGUACCAAAGAUAUACAGUAAUUGUUAUUAAUUCAUGAAGAUAUAGAAAUACAGUUCAAUCAAACUAAUUAUAUAUACUUAUAACAAGAAAGUGAUUGUCUUUAAUCCCUUGUUUAACCACAUUUUAUACUUUUUUAUUCAUAUUGUGUAUAAAAUUAAUAUAAACUAUUGUAAAUUACUUAAUUCUUAGACAUGGAAGCAGUACUUUGCCACAAAAUGUACUCGAAGUGCUCUGAUACCCUUUGUGGAAAUACUGUAUAGACAAUUGUGAUCUAAUUGCAUCAUCUCUUUACUUUGAGCACAACACAACAGCAAGUGUCUUUCAAGUAUUCUUUUAUGAAAUUCUGUACUACUAAAUUUGCUCUUGAUUCCAGUAUCUGACAUUGAUAUUAGUCCAGUAUCUGACAUUGAUACUAGAAAUUUGGAGAAUAAAAUAAUCAUUGAGAACUGUACUGUAUCACUGUUCAUUUGAGAUGCAGAUUUCAUUUAAGAAUAUUUUUUUGUUGUAUAUAUGGAAAGAAAGUUGUAUACAUUUCCCUGACUUGUAUGACAGUGCCUGUAGAAGCCAUGUGUUCAGUUGUUGCUCAAUUAUAGAAAUAUUUCCAAAAACUUUAGUUUUAACGCCAUGUCUGAUGAGUAGUCAUAUAUUAGAAUGAUUUAACAAGGUUCCACUGUUACAGUAUCAAAUACUGAAUGUGUUAGAUGUUUUGCAAGAUUGUUUAUAACAUUAAAGCUUCUGCUUUAAAA